CCUAAAUCCUCAGACAUGGGUCGCGUCUGCACAAAAAUAGUGAUGAAAUCCUCCCGCCAAGUCAUCGAGCGCUACUACUCGCGCAUGACCCUCGACUUCCACACCAACAAGAAGAUCCUCGAGGAGGUCGCCAUCAUCCCCUCGAAGCGCCUCCGCAACAAGAUCGCCGGCUUCUCCACCCACCUCAUGCGCCGGAUCCAGCGCGGCCCCGUCCGCGGCAUCUCGCUGAAACUGCAGGAGGAGGAGCGCGAGAGGAGGAUGGACUUCGUCCCCGACGAGUCCGAGAUCAAGGUCGACCGCAUCGAGGUCGACAAGGAGACCAUCGACAUGCUCGCCAGCAUCGGCACCGAGUAUGUCGUCUUUUUCAAGAUUAACUUACUGUCUGCUGUGUUUGCAUUUGACAUGUAA